AUGCCAGGUUCGCCUGUUGAUUUACCGGAUACGUCGUCCGUUGAUAUACCAGGUUCGCCUGUUGAUUUGCCGGAUACGUCCGUUGAUUUUCCAGGUUCUCCUGUUGAUUUACCGGAUACGUUGUCCGUUGAUAUACCAGGUUCGCCUGUUGAUUUACCGGAUACGUCCGUUGAUUUUCCAGGUUCGCCUGUUGACUUGCCGGAUAAGUCCGUUGAUUUGCCAGGUUCGCCUGUUGAUUUACCGGAUACAUCGUCCGUUGAUAUGCCAGGUUCGCCUGUUGAUUUGCCGGAUACGUCCGUUGAUAUGCCAGGUUCGCCUGUUGACUUGCCGGAUAAGUCCGUUGAUUUGCCAGGUUCGCCUGUUGAUUUACCGGAUACAUCGUCCGUUGAUAUGCCAGGUUCGCCUGUUGAUUUACCGGAUACGUUGUCCGUUGAUAUGCCAGGUUUGCCUGUUGAUUUACCGGAUACGUCGUCCGUUGAUUUUCCAGGUUCUCCUGUUGAUUUACCGGAUACGUCGUCCGUUGAUAUACCAGGUUCGCCUGUUGAUUUGCCGGAUACGUCCGUUGAUUUGUCAGGUUCUCCUGUUGAUUUACCGGAUACGUUGUCCGUUGAUAUACCAGAUUCGCCUGUUGAUUUGCCGGAUACGUCCGUUGAUUUGCCAGGUUCUCCUGUUGAUUUACCGGAACUGUUGUCCGUUGAUAUACCAGGUUCGCCUGUUGAUUUGCCGGAUACGUCCGUUGAUUUGCCAGGUUCUCCUGUUGAUUUACCGGAUACGUCGUCCGUUGAUAUACCAGGUUCGCCUGUUGAUUUGCCGGAUACGUCCGUUUUUCCAGAUUCGCCUGUUGAUUUACCGGAUACGUCGUCCGUUGAUAUGCCAGGUUCGCCUGUUGAUUUGCCUGAUUCCUCCAUUGAUUUUCCGUUACUGUAUGCCAAAAACUAG